CACCAUGUCUAUCCAAAUUUUUAAAACAAAAACAGGUAAUAAAGCAAUAAAGGUAGACGGUCACAGUUAUAGAAAGGAUCGAGAUUUAGUAAAUGGACAAGUUUCAUGGCGAUGUUUGACGUUUGGUUGUUCUGCUUCUAUGAAAACGAACAGUGCUAUUAAUAAAGUUAUGGGAGCUUCAGGUACCCAUAAUCAUUCAGUUUCGGAUAUCAACACAGGGUCACGAGUUUCAAACAUUGAUACUACUCCCUCAAAAUCACCAAAUAAGGUAAUUGAGUUGUUAUCGACUCCAAAAUCGCGAGAGAUGGGUGUCAAUACACAUAACACUAGAACCGUUGGAGAUAAUGAGACUCCAAAAUCGCGAGAGAUGGGUGUUAAUACACCCAACAUUAGAACUGUUAGGGAUGACGAGACUUGCAGUAUACGUGAUUUAGAGCUCUUACAACAAAGAGAUGACCUUAUAAAUAUGGUGAGAGAUUUGAAAUUAGAAAUAGAACAGUUGAAAUGUGAAAUUCAGAGUCAGAGUGAGGAUUCGAAUCAAUUAAUUAAGUCACUUGAGUACAAAAAUGAAUCUCUAUUAGAAAGAGUGCAGUCAAUGUCUACUUCUAUUGAAGCAUUGGAGGCGGAUAACUUAGCUUUAAGAAAUGAGAGAGUUGUGGAGCGAGGAGAGACUAAUAAAUGGAGGACCCUACAUGAUAAAUUGUACGUUGAGUCGGGAAAUUAUGAAGAAACACAGUCAAACGGUGAAAUCCCUAAUUGUUGUAAUAGGAGGUCGUCUAAUCGAAAGACCAAGAAUCAAUCCGGACAAUCUAAUGCUAGUGUCACUUGUGAGGCUAAAAUACAUCAUUACGCUGAUAGUCAAGGGAGAAAUGUCUGCAGAGAGUUCAUGAAGAAUAACAGCUACAAUUUUACCUCUUUUGUAAAGCCGGGUGCGAAGUUCCGGGAUGUCUUACCCAAUAACCUUGAUAGCUUUGGUGCAAAGGACUUUGUCAUAAUUCAAGCCGGCUCAAAUGAUGUAAGCAAGAAUGAGGCUGACGACGUUCUAAUAGCGUUGCGACGGAGUUUGGCGGCACUGUAUAGGACAAAUGUUCUUGUUUUUUCAAUUCCUCUUCGGUACGACCUGGCAGACUGGUCCUGCGUCAACGUCGCAAUCAAGGAAACUAAUAGGUCAAUGUUGAAAAUAUGUAGCCUGUAUCCACACGUAAAAUUCAUGGACAUUAGUAACCUAGGACGAAGAUUUUUCACACGUCAUGAAUUGCACUUGAAUGGUUUUGGAAAAGCGUAUAUAGGUGAUAGGAUUGUUAAGUAUGUUGAGGAGUAUUUUUCAUAUUUGAGCUCAUUUCCUCCCAUUACUCUUCCACUUAGUUCUUUUUUAGAAGAGUAGUUGGGCAAAAAUUUUAUUUGAAUUACACUUCUGUUGAUAGACAUUCUGUGAUUGGUGUUUGUUCUGAUCAAAUCAAUUUAGAUGCUCAAUGUGAUAAGAAUAAUUUUACACAACCCUUUUGUAAUGAACAGAAUAAUAGAAUUGAAAAAAUUAGAAUGGGUUUCAUUAAUAUGCAGGGUUUGAUAAGUAAGGAAGACUUGUUAAAUGAGUUUGCUAUUGAUAACAGUAUUGAUAUUAUUUGUGUAAGUGAACAUUGGUGUAGAGAGUCUCAACUGUCUUUUUUAAAACUAGAUGAUUAUUUUCUUUGUAAUAGUUUUUAUAGAACACUUCACAUUCGAGGUGGAGUGGCAAUCUUUAUAAAAAAAUCAGUUAAGGAUUUUGACCAUUUGAAUGUAGAUUUUCUUUGCAGGGAGUUGGACUUUGAAGCCACAUGUGUUGUCAAUCGUGUUUCCAAAUUGAUAAUCACAUCAAUUUUUAGAUCUCCUAAUGGUAACAGUAGAGUUUUCUUGGAACAAUUGGAAGAACUGUUUAACUUCUUGCAUGGGCUAGCAUUUAAAAACUAUCAUUUAUUCGUAGGUGGAGAUGUGAACUCGGAUUUUGACUUGAAUAGAGAUAGACGUAGCACUUUUGAGCUGAAAAACUUAUUAAGGCAAUUCAACAUGACAUUCACAAAUGUCGUAAAUACAAGAGAUAAUGCUUGCCUUGAUAAUAUAUUUACUAAUAUUAGGAGUACUGUUGUUUCAAAUAAGGUUCUUCCUUUCCCGUACUCGGAUCAUGAUUUUCUGACCAUUGAAUCUGUUGAGCUUGCACAUAGUAGUAAUGUUAAAAAAUAUAAUACCGAAUCAAAGCUAGUACAAACAAGACCUAUGACUGCUGACAAAAUAAAUAAAUUUAGAAAUUCCUUGUAUAGUACUGACUGGUAUGAUAUAUAUAGUAAAAAAGAACCAGCUAAUGAUCUGUUUUCAUAUUUCUUUUCUAAAUUCUUAAGAAUAUUCAACUAUAACAUUCCUGAAAGAACUUGUAAAGUUUCCUACAAUAGAGGCAAGCAGAAUAAGAAAAACAGUUGGUACAGUUCACAGUUGGCAGCCCUAAAGCAGCGAAUGUUUUUACUAAUGAGUCUAAAUGAUAAGUUCAAAACUGCCGAAACAAAAUCUGCUUACAUAGAAUGUAGAAAUAGGUAUAAGAAAUCAAUAAGAGAAGCAAAAAAAAUCUAUAACACUGAAUACAUUGAAAAAUCAAAAAACAGGUGUCAGGCUGCAUGGAAAAUUAUAAACACAGUUGCUGAUAAUGAUGUUAAUGCUAGAAAGAGUGUUCCUCUGCAUCCAGAUGUUCUAAACAAUUAUUUUAUUCAGUCUGUUAAAGAUAUUCAAGACUCAUUGAAUGGACCAGGUAGAUUGUCAUUGGAUCUAGAAUCUGUUAAGGGACCCAGUUUGACUGCUAACUUUAAUUUCUGUGAAGUGCUCCCUGAACAAGUGUCAGACAUUGUCAAAGGUUUUAAAUCUUCUAAUAGCUGUGAUAUUUACGGCAUGUCUGUCAACUUAUUAAAGGAGGUGAUAGAUAGUUUUGUGAAGCCUCUUACACAUUGUCUAAAUAAAUGCUUAGCGGAAGGAGUAUUUCCAGAGGAGCUCAAGAAGUCGAGGGUGGUGCCUAUUUACAAAAAGGGUGAUAGAGAUUGUCCAAGUAGUUAUAGACCAAUAUCUAUUGUACCUGUUCUAGCAAAAAUACUUGAAACUAUAGUAUAUAAUCAACUGUCUGACCAUUUUGAGCGUUUAAAUAUCAUAGCACCUUCUCAAUUUGGCUUUAGAAAAAAUAAAUCCACUGUAGAUGCUCUUCUCAAAUUAACUAAGAGUGUAUUGCAAGCAUUUGAACAGGGAAACUAUGCUCUGGCCACCUUCUGUGACAUAAGUAAGGGAUUCGACUGUGUUGAUCAUACAAUUCUUUUGGAAAAGAUGAGCUAUUAUGGAACAGGUCAGAAUGCUCUCAAAUUUUUAAAGUCCUACCUAAUGAAUCGUAGUCAACUAGUAACUGUAGGUAGCAUUAGCAACAAGUCGUCGUUGUUGAAGGUUGAGUCGGGUGUGCCACAAGGCUCGAUACUUGGUCCUUUCUUAUUUUUGGUUGCGAUCAAUGACAUUUCAGCUUUCGUCAAGACUGAUACAAUUUUGUAUGCAGAUGAUACCACUUUCUUUAACCUGAACAGUGAUCUGAACAUUCUGAGCCAGGAAAGCAAACACACUAUGGAAAAAGCAUCUCUAUGGUUCAAUGCAAAUAGCUUUGUUCUUAAUAACAGUAAAACUGAACAACUUAAUUUUAAUUUAAAAAGAGGACCUCCAGUGAAUAAUCCAGCGAGUGUGAAAUUUUUAGGGAUUCAUAUGGACUCAAAGCUCACAUGGGAGCCACAUAUCAAAUAUGUCAGCUCAAAGCUUAGCAGAGUAAUUCAUUUGCUCAGAAGUCUAUCCGGUGUAGUACCUAUGAAAUAUUUAAGAACGGCCUAUUUUUCUUUCUUUCAUAGUAUAAUAUCUUAUGGCCUCAUCCUUUGGGGUAAUGCUUCUCAGAUCAAUGAUGUUCUACUCAUUCAAAAGAAAGCUUUAAGAAUUAUAACUAACUCAUCAUAUCUUGAGCAUUGCAAACCAUUGUUCAUUAAUCAAAAAAUUCCAACUGUGAUAAACUUGUAUGUAUAUUAUGUCCUCAUUUAUACCCAUAAGAACCUAUCCUGUCUGCAGUUGAGAAGUGAUGUUCAUUCAAUUAACACUAGGUGCAGAAAUCGCAUUGAUAUACAGCACCAAAGACUGACAAAAUCUCUUAAUAGUUUUGAGAUCACAGGACAAAAACUGUUCAACAAACUGCCUUCCCAUUUACAUAAUGUAUCACAAAAGAUAUUUAAACGAAAGAUAUAUAGUUGGCUAGUAUUAAAUCCGUUUUAUAAAUUGACUGAAUUCGAUGAGUGCCUAGUAAAUAUAUGUUAGUAAAUAAUUAGUAUCUGUCUAUAAGUGUUGGUUAGUCUGAUUAUCUUGUUAUCUAAAUUCAACUUCUCUUCAUCACUCAACUGUGAUACUAUAGUAGAAACGUCCAAAUGUAUUUAUUGUUGUUGUUAUUCUAUUUGUUAAUAUUAUAAUAAUAUCUA